GGUGAGAGGCCUUUCUCAUGUGGGACCUGUGGAAAGAGUUUCAGUGUAAAAACGAAUUUAACUAGGCAUAUGAGAAUUCACACAGGUGAGAAGCCUUUCACUUGUUCAACCUGUGGAAAGAGUUUCAGUGACAGAGGGACUUUAACUCAGCAUAUGAGAAUUCACACAGGUGAGAAGCCUUUCACUUGUGGGACCUGUGGCAAGAGUUACAGACAAAAAACGAUUUUAACUCGGCAUAUGAGAAUUCACACAGGUGAGAAGCCUUUCACUUGUUCAACCUGUGGAAAGAGUUUCAGUGACAGAGGGACUUUAACUCAGCAUAUGAGAAUUCACACAGGUGAGAGGCCUUUCACUUGUUCAACCUGUGGAAAGAGUUUCAGUGACAGAGGGACUUUAACUAAACAUAUGAGAAUUCACACAGGUGAGAAGCCUUUCUGGUGUGAGACGUGUGGAAAGAGUUUCAGUGACAGAGAGACUUUAACUCAGCAUAUGAGAAUUCACACAGGUGAGAAGCCUUUCACUUGUAGGUCCUGUGGAAAGAGUUUCAGUGAAGGAGGGACUUUAACUCAGCAUAUGAGAAUUCACACAGGUGAGAAGCCUUUCACUUGUUCAACCUGUGGAAAGAGUUUCAGUGACAGAGGGACUUUAACUCAGCAUAUGAGAAUUCACACAGGUGAGAAGCCUUUCACUUGUUCAACCUGUGGAAAGAGU